AUGGACCAGGAAACUUCAUUUACUUCAACAGCCGUUAAAGAGUUCUUAGAGGAAAAUAACGUACAGUACCAUUAUAUCAGCCAAAUCCUUGCACAUGGCAUUUCUGAUGCAACAACUGGACGCCCGACAUUCCUGACGCAGCAAGUGAACGACCGGCAUCCAGAACGACUCCAGCAUAGCAACACGGCGACAUCGACAACUCCACCAACGGACGUUGUACCCCUGAUACCCCUGACGCAGCAGAACCGAGCUGGUAGCAGCAACGACGACAACGACAGCAGCGACGGCAGCAGAAACUUGUUACAUUUUGUAAUUUUCUUACAGUAUUUCAGGGAUCCGGAUGUAAAACCGUGGAUACAACCUACAAACAAUAGUAAAGUUGUACCAUGUGAAUCGUUCGAGCACCAGUCGGAAUAUAACUCCAUUAUCACGGAAUUUGAUUUAGUGUGUUCAAGAGAUAUAUUGGUAGCAUCCACACAAUCUUGUCAUCUGUUUGGAGUACUGCUUGGCGGUAUAAUUGCAACCAAACUAAUAGAGACAAUCAGUCCUAGAAACACAAUGCUUUUGGGUAUGUAUACUCAGAUUUUAUGCGGGUGCAUUACCGGCUUAGUUGACGUCUUCGAAUUACAUAUGAUUUUCAGAUGUCUUAGUGCAAUUUGCUGUUGCUUGAUGUAUACUGCCGGUGGUAUUAUAAUGGCUGAUAUAACUGCUGGAAAAUACAAGACAUCCGCUAUUGCUUUAUUCGAACAGUUUUGGUCUGUAGGUGUCAUACUUCUGCCGGCUGUUGCAAGUUUUUGGUCAAGCUGGUCUCAUUUGUACUUAGCAAUAUCUUUGCCAACUUUUUUGCUCAUUAUUUUGCAUAGAUGGAUUCCAGAUUCUCCGAAAUGGCUGCUUCAACAAGGUCGAAUAAAAGAAGCCCAAUAUUUUUUGGAGGAAGCUGCAAAGAUUAAUGGAACAACAAAAUAUAUACCUAGCGAUUUGUCCUCACAGCUCAAUGAAAUUUCUGCCAAAAUGAAAUCAGAACCUGACCCUGAUCCGUGGUGGAAAAUAUGGCAAGAAAAAAAUGCACGAAGAAAUUUAAUAUGCGCCCAUCUAGCUUGGUCUAUUUUUAUUCCGGUAUACUAUGGAAUGCUUUUGAACAUUAGAGCAUUCGGAACAGAACACCUUCGAAUCAACACAGUGAUAGCAGGGGCCUCGGAAAUCACUGGUACAUUUAUUGGAUGCUAUCUCAUAAUGCGUACGAAAAAGAAAUGGUUUUUAGCUGGUUUAUUCAACAUUGUUGGAGGUUUAGUAACAUAUUGUGGAUGGCUCAUUCCACCAGAAGUUACAGGAAAUCGACGAACUGCUCUACUCAUGCUAUCUGCCAUGGUUGCAAAAUGCAGUAUCUCAUGCUGUUUGACAUUACUAACAGUUUCCACUACUGAAUUGGUUAGUGAGAACAAGAAAAAAGGCGCGGCAUAUUCUACUAUAGUAUGGGCAAGGAUUUGGCUUUUAGGGGCUCCCUUUGUUGGUGCCACAGUAAUAUUUGGACAACUAGUCCCGCAAACAGCUUUUGGAUCAUUAACACUCAUUGGCGGCAUCAUAGCAGGGAGUAUAAACAGCCCGCGUACACAUAUUAGUACUAAGAGAAUCGCGGCGAUGCCUGAGAUAGUUACACCUAAUGAAUGGCAAACGAAACCAGUUCAAAAUUCUCUGUAUAAAUAUUGAUACGAAACAUUUCAAAAUAGUUUAGAUUACGUUUAGUUAUCUAUCGAAAUAAACUUUGGAAGUAUUAUAUGAGGAAAACCGCAAAGCCAAUUGAGUUUUUAUGCUUAUUUUCAUAAAACUAAGCUACAUAGCGCCUUUAUUUCAGUAAAUAAGUUUUGUCCACAACUGAGAAGUCUUACAGAACGGCUAGUGGUUAAUUGUCAGCUAAAACAAAAUUUGCAUAAAUUUCUUUCAUCGAAGCGCGUAAAAAACCGAGUGAAUUCCAAAAUCCGCAUAAAAAACGCGUGAGUUCCAGAGUCCACGUGAAUUCUCAAAUCUGUGCAAAAAAAACAUCAUUAACUAAAGGUUUUAAUUCAUAUCUGCUAAAUAGGGUAAGGAACGGCUUAAGCAGUAGCGCCUAUUUUAAUCAGUCGCAGAAAACAAGGGUGGCAUAGCGCAUUUCGUUUCGACCACAUUUGACAUUGCUGAUUUCGAUUCGAGCUCGGAACGAGUAGAUGGCGUAUUAUUGCAGUUGAUCUUCGAGCAAAACUGGCAUUACGUAAUGGUUUGAUCAAGCAUUUUUUAGCUCGAAAGUGAUAAAAAAUGGUCGAUAGGUUGAAGACGUUCGUUUGUACCUAAGUUUGUUGACAAAAACAUAAAUAAUUUCACUAAACAUCGGUGGAGCGGAAAAACAUUAAUUUUGUAGGAUCCACUAGCGAGUAGAUUCAAAGUAGGGGCUAACUUUAACGGAGCAAGAAUUGUACUAGUGCAGUUUGGAGGGAAAUAUUGUACUCAAAACAGGUUAUCUUGAAAAGUUGAAGAAACCAUGAAAAAAAAAUUUGUUUUGCAUCAGAAAAUAACUAACAUUGUUUCAUUUUAAUGUAAGCCUAAUACUAAUAUCUUACUUGUUUACGUCUUUGUAUAUUCCCAUAACCAUUAUCGUCACUGGAAGAAUCGUAGAAAAACAUUCAAAGAUUAAUAUUUUAUUUUAAGGACACAUCUUAUUAUAAACGUGAAAAAUACCAAUCUCUAGGGGCAAGACACUAUUGAUUUAUGGCGGAAUAUUUCCAAUAUUAGAUAUUACAAAGUAUUUAUCGUUGCAUUAUUAGGCGUCGGUGUGAUGUCAAUGUCGGAUAAACGAUAAAUAUCAAAAUUUAACAGCCGAUAUCGUAUAAUAUUACCGAAAUAUUUUUCAUGAAAAUAAAGUUGUUGCUCGAAACAAACUGCAAUAAAAUUGGGGUGUCGAAAAUAAUACUCAAUACCAAGUCCACCUUGAAACGAGUUUGAUUUCUCUCGAUUCGAGUCACUCGAAGCGAAAUGCGCAAUGUCACCCCAGGCCUCAAACUCCUGUUUUUAAUCAAUAUCGACCAUUUCAAUGAUGAAAACGAAAACUUUGAUUGUCCAGCUGUCUUACGAAUAUAAGAAAUACCGUUAAUCACAAAGAAAUCU